AUGUCAACGAGUAAAGGUAAAGCUCCAACUAAUCCUGUGGAGAUACCUCUUCCAAGUUGUUAUCCCCAUCGACAUCAUUUCAAGACUGGUAUAUUGUCAAGAGACGUCUUAGUGGAAGGUCUCAAAGUGAUAAAAAAGGAUUGGACAAAGUACGAUGAUAAAGCUAUUGAGGAGAUGGAUGGCGACAUGCAGAAGAUCUUGAAAUACUCCAGGCUAAUUACCUGGAGCGACGUGCAGUUCUACAUUCCCCCUAUUCCUGUAGAAGAGGGAAAGGAUAUGAAUGCCCCUAUCGAGCAAGGGGAAAACACUAAUAUUCGUGUCGAGGAAGAAAAAGAACCCUCGGCACAACAAGAGAAGAUUGUGCCUCAAACUGUUGAAGAGUCUCGGGUUCCACCCACUGAAUCUGGACCAAGCUCUGUUCCUCCUGUUGCAGAUAAGGGUAAGAACCCUCUCGAGGGAGAAGUGGUUAUAUUGCCUCCUCAAAUGUUCGAGGGCGAGCCAACAGUAGAGGUCCACACAUUUGGUGAUCCGCCAACGAUCGAGUGCCCCCUCCUCGAGGAAUUUGCUGCUAUGCUGAAUGAGACCGACAUCAUAAGACUGGCUCGAGUGGAGAGACACCAGGCGCUAAGCGAGAAGGUUGUUCUCGAAGAGAAGUCACAGCAGGUGCAGGCCAAGGAGCAGGAACUAGCCUCUAUGCAAACUAAGUACAACGAGCUCGAGGAGCAGCUUAAGGGUUAUGCCAAUCUGCACAUCUCGAAGGAGGAGCUACACAAGUGGUGUGUUGCCUUCAUGUAUAGGAUGUUGUCCACAGGUGGGAUGGCGGCAGCUAUCAAGGAAGUAAAUCUGGUAGCUACCAAGUGUGCCAAGGGUCCAAGUGAAGAAGAGCCCAUCCCUGAUGUACCGGAUGACUAUAUGGGCAUUGAACUUGAGGAUGCUGAUGAAGAAGCUUCGCAGGAGGAUGUUGCUGACACUGGCCACUCUGGGGUGCAGAAGAAUGCUGGAGAGACGGGUUGUGCAGAUAUCCACAGCAUCGAGACAGUGGCGAAACUAGAAGUGGAUCUCCUCGACGCAAUGCGGGCGCAUAAUGUGCGAGUUAAUCAACAUUUCAUUAACGAGAUCAAAGAGCUUCGUGAGGAGAUGCGGCGGCUAGAAUUCCAAAAAGACAAAGACUUUAGCGAUUCUCUGACCUUUGAGACCAAAAUUCAUGACGAACUGGUUGCCUUGGAGAAGGAAAACACUCAGUUAAGGAAGAACCAUAAGAUUACUAUAUCGCCAUGGUUUCUUGAGAAGCAUCAGUUACUAGCUCGAGUACAACACAUGAUAUCCAUAAGGACUCAUCGGUUCAUUGCGGCAAUGGAUAUCCUCAAGGAAAGAUCUCGUGAGACCAAGCUUCUCAUGGAGUAUAUCAAUGAGCUUCAGAACCUGCUGUUGGACCAUCAUAUUGACUUCCAGACUUUCGAUAAACCUGAAAUAGCGGUGGAUCCCCGGACCCAGAGCUCACGAGAAGAGAUGCUUAUGAGGGUGCAUGCUCAAGAUGAAGAGAUCGUAGAUCUCAAAGACAAGUUUAAUCAAUGUGUGAAUCUCUUUAGCCAGCAUGGGUUCAAGGGUACUAUUCAUCCUUCUCCUGAUAAUCCCAUUAGGGAAGUUCUUAUAAUAGUAUAG